UGUACUGUUAAUUUUCCUCAAGAACUUAUUUCCUUAUUGUCAUGUUCUCUUGCAGAUGACCACAAAGUCGGUGGAAGCGGACUGGCUCCUUGGCCAGCUCGAUUAACUAGUCCUCCUCCCCGUCUUGCUGAUUUUGGGUAUUCAAAUGAAAUGUUUGACAAGGACAUGGAAACUUGGAGGCAGAGAGUAGACCAAUAUUGGAGUCUGUUAAGUCCAAAGAUUUCAUCAGACACCUUGAGAAAUAUCAUGGACAUGAAGGCUAACUUGGGGUCAUUUGCCGCUGCUCUGAAGGACAAAAAUGUAUGGGUCAUGAACGUCGUACCCAAAGAUGGACCCAACACUCUCAAGAUUGUAUAUGACCGAGGCUUGAUUGGCACAACUCAUGACUGGUGUGAAGCAUUCUCAACAUAUCCCAGGACCUAUGAUUUGCUUCAUGCAUGGACCGUCUUCUCUGACCUUGAGAAGAAAGGUUGCAGUGGCGAGGACUUGUUACUCGAGAUUGAUCGCAUACUAAGGCCUACAGGUUUCGUUAUCAUCCGUGAUAAACAACAUGUUAUCGACUUUGUAAAGAAGCAUUUAUCGGCAUUGCACUGGGAAGCAGUUGGAUCAGCCGAUUCCACCUCAGAUCCCGAGCAGGAGAGCGAUAACAUUGUUUUAGUCGUGCAAAAGAAGUUGUGGCUCACAAGUGGAAGCAUCAGAGAUACAGAAUAGACAGUAGAGUUUGAACACUUCUUCCUGAUUUAUUUUCUCUCUGCCUUUAGGGAUUAAGAAAACAAAAGUAUGCACUAAAAGUCUGGGAGAUAUCAGUUUGAUUUUGUAUUGUGCGUGAUAUUUAUUUCGUUUAUACCUUUUUCCACGCCUUUUCAUGUAGUUGACAAACUGAUAGACUACAUAAUGCAUUCAUAGGCUAUUAUUUAUUAU